GGGGGGGGCAAGUGUGCUUGUGUGGCCACACAGGUUGGAGCCGGCCAGCGGCAACAGCGCUCACGGAGCGUGGCUGAGGAGCCCCCCAAAUGGGUGUCCACACCUGUGUGUUCCUGACCUUUGCCUGUGAUGCGGUGUCCUUCUCUUUCUCUCUCGUCUCCCCAGCUCAGGACCCCAUCCCCAGCACUCACCUGAGGCCAGAGCUCCAAGCAGGCCUGGGAGGAAAGGGCUGUGUACCGUUUCCCUGGAUACCAGCACCCAGAAGGGGAGGGGCUGUUUGUUACCUGGAGCCUCCAGGGAGACCCCAGACCAGGCCCCUGGGACGAAAGUGAGGCCAGACCUGACCCACAAGACCCAAGCACUGCCGCCUUCACCUCCACCCCGCCCUCACUCAUUCACCCUCCAUCUCUGCAACUUGUUGGCUGGGGAUGCUCUUGGGGCUGGCUGCCAUGGAGCUGAAGGUGUGGGUGGACGGCAUCCAGCGUGUGGUCUGUGGGGUCUCCGAGCAGACCACCUGCCAGGAAGUGGUCAUCGCACUGGCCCAAGCAAUAGGCCAGACCGGCCGGUUUGUACUUGUGCAGCGGCUUAGAGAGAAGGAGCGGCAGCUGCUGCCAGAGGAGUGUCCAGUGGGCGCCCAGGCCACCUGCGGACAGUUUGCCAGCGAUGUCCAGUUUGUCCUAAGGCGCACGGGGCCUAGCCUGGCUGGAAGGCCCUCUUCAGACAGCUGCCCACCCCCAGAACGCUGCCCAAUUCGUGCCAGCCUCCCUGCAAAGCCACGGGCAGCAUUGGGCUGUGAGCCCUGCAAAGCACUGACCCUCGGGCCAGCCCCCAGCCUCUCAUCUACUGGGCCUGCAGCCCCCAUGACACCCUUACCAGGCUGCUGCACAGACCUGCGGAGCCUGGAGCUCAGGGUGCAGAGGAACGCUGAGGAGCUGGGCCACGAGGCCUUCUGGGAGCAGGAGCUGCGUCGGGAGCAAGCCCGGGAGCGGGAGGGACAGGCACGCCUGCAGGCGCUAAGUGCGGCCACUGCUGAGCACGCCGCCCGGCUACAGGCCCUGGACGCCCAGGCCCGAGCCCUGGAGGCUGAGCUGCAGCUGGCAGCGGAGGCCCCUGGGCCCCCUUCUCCCAUGGCAUCUGCCACUGAGCGCCUGCGCCAGGACCUGGCUGUUCAGGAGCGGCAGAGUGCGGAAGUACAGGGCAGCCUGGCCCUGGUGAGCCGGGCCCUGGAGGCUGCAGAGCGAGCCCUGCAGGCCCAGGCUCAGGAGCUGGAGGAGCUGAACCGGGAGCUUCGUCAGUGUAAUCUGCAGCAAUUCAUCCAGCAGACCGGGGCUGCGCUGCCGCCGCCCCCACGGCCUGACAGGGGUUCUCCUAACACACAGGGCCCUCUGUCUCCAGCCAGAGAGGAGUCCCCCCUGGGACCCCCCCUGAGCCCCAUGCUGGUGCCUACCCUAGGCCCCCAGGGUAUGUCUGUGUCCCACCUACCCCUGGGGCCUGGGGCUCUCCUGUGGUUGCAGCCUCCUCAGCCUGUGUCCUCCCACAGUGGCUUCCAUGAAGCAGAACUCCUGGAGGUAGCAGCAGCUCCUGCCCCAGAGCGGCAUCCUCUGGCAGCCCAGCCCCAGGCUCUGGGACAGACCAGCGAGGGCGGUGAGACCAGCCUGCCUGGACCGCAGAAGGAGGCUGGCGGUCACAGAGGGCUCCUGCACCACACAGUGAGAAGCUCUGGGCUCGGCAUCAGGAGCAGGGGGUGCAGGGGAGGACUGCUCAAGUCCUUACCAGGUCUGCCAGACACCCUGCAGAAGCAUGGGGCGUAGCCAGCUCGAACUUGCCAGGCCCCAGAGGCCACCACUGCCUGCUGGGGACAGGCGAUUCAUUGACAGUGCUCAGGCUGUGGGCAUGUGCCUGCCUGCGGGAGGCUCCUUCACGGUGUGUACAUGGUGAGAGCAUGUGUGUGCCACCUCCCGACCCCAAUGCUAAAACCUCAAUAAACUGCCCGCAGUGGCUUGAGUGUGUGCUA